AUUUCAAUUAAUUACGUAAAGGACGAGAAGAAAGAAGAGAAAGAAGGAAGAGAAAAGAAAAAACGAGAGAAAUAAACGAAAAUGGUGUCGGCGAACAAAGAGAUGGUUGUGUUCUGCUUCGAUACCCUUGUCGCUCACUACAACAGUGAGGAAGCUCCUCCUGCCGCCUUUGAUCAGGGUCAACAUCCAUUGUUUGUUACAUGGAAGAAAGUGAUAAAUGGCGGGGAGCCUCGCCUUCGGGGCUGUAUUGGAACUCUAGAAGCACGCUGCUUGAUCAAUGGUUUCAGAGAUUAUGCACUGACAAGUGCUCUCAGGGACCGAAGAUUUCCGCCCAUACAGGCUAACGAGCUUCCUUUUUUGGAGUGUACAGUAUCUAUUCUUACUGAUUAUGAAACUGCUAACCAUUACCUUGAUUGGGAGAUAGAAAAGCAUGGCAUAAUUAUUGAAUUUUCUGAUCCUGACUCUAAUACAAGGAGAAACGCCACGUACCUGCCUGAAGUGGCUGCUAAUGAAGGUUGGACUAAAACAGAGGCUAUUGACUCUCUCAUACGUAAAGCAGGCUACAAUGGUCCAAUAAUCGAAUCUCUCAGGAAACAAUUACGGCUAACCAGAUAUCAAAGCACCUUAUUUACCAUGCAUUAUAGUGAAUACGUUUCCUAUGUGAAGGAGACAAGAGGUGAAGCUCCUAUUCUUGAAGCUAAGUCACACAACUACUGAAUUUUGCAGCCACCUUUUCUUAAAGCUGCACCUAUAGUUUAUUUGCUAAAAGAAAGAAUUCUAUUGACAAAAGAAAUAGAAAAAUGAAAAAGACAACCUAUUUGCCUUGGGUUGGAACCAUUUUGUUUGUCCAACUUGAACUACUGAAGUGAUUGGUGCAACUCUUUAUAUUCUUCACAUUCAUGUGAUUUUGAAGAAAUUAGGAACAUUGAACUCAGAUUCUCUGAGUGUCCUAUAAAUCAUUCAAUUCAGCAAUUUAUGAAAACUGCAACACUGUUCAAUAGUUUUAUGUCACUCUGAUUGAUAACUGGAAACUCAAUCUGUCUCUCUCU